AAAAAACUUUCCAUUGUUUGGCCUCAUUUAUUUAACUAAGCAGAAUAAACAGAAAAAGAAAAAGAAGGUUUUAUAUACAGGAGCACCUCGUGUGUGUAUGUGUGUGUGUGUGUGUGUACACACACACGAACGCGCACACACUUCAAUAAAGUGUGACUAUAUUUCAUUUUAAUUGUCCAUGCAUAGCUUGCUUCUGUAGGCAGCUGUUCAUACACCACAUCAGGUCUUCACUUCACUGAGUAAUCGGGACCCUAAAUGUACCUUCCCAGUGCUGAAGAACAAGUCUCUUAGCAAUAAGACAGGCACAAACAACUUUGGGUAAAACUUUCUCUGAGUCUGUGUGCAGAGUAGCCCAGGAGAAUUUGCUCCUGAAGAGGGGAUGGUUUCCAUUUGAAACGUAUGGAAUACUAAUAUUCUCACUCCUGUCUUCAAGUUGACUGGAUUCAUUGUAGGGAUCUGAAGUUCCCCUGCUGGCUGUGGGCAGCAAGAUGGGAUCCUUGGCCCCGUCUCCCCUCUCUUGGAGGCAGGGAUGCCACUGGUCAGCCCACACUCUGCCCUUCUGGGGCUGGCCAGGCGCAACGGCACAAAGCCAGGGGACAAGCCUGCACCCAUGGCCAGUGGCCACAGCAAGGAGUGCUCCUUGUGGGCCAGGAGUAGCCCUUUCAGGUCUGUUGGGAGAUAGAAAGAGGAGGUCUAAACCUGCAGGGGAUGCUGCCCGCCCAUAAAACCGGCUCAUGCCCUCAGUCACGUGGGCUGCAGGUUGGCGAUCUGAAACAGCUUGUGCUUCUCCUUCCCAGGAAGGCGAUUGAGGGGCUGCUUGCCCUCAGUGAAGAUGGCUGCUCCCCCAUCUCCAUCCAGCAGAUGGCCUACGUGGCUGGCCUGGGGUUCGGACUCAUGAGUGGCGCCUUUGCCAUGAUCAACUUGCUGGCAGAUGCUCUGGGGCCUGGCAUUGUGGGCAUCCAUGGAGACUCCCAGCUCUAUUUCCUGACUUCAGCCUUCAUGACUCUUGUGCUGAUCCUGCUGCACACCUUUUGGGGCAUCAUCUUCUUCCAUGGCUGUGAGACACAGCGCUGGGGGGAAGUGGCGGCUGUGGUACUCUGCCAUCUCAUUGUCUCUGCCCUUACCUUCUGGAACCCCCUCUAUCUGGGCAGCCUCUUGCCAGCAUACCUCCUCAUGGUGGCUAUGGCGGUGUGGGCCUACCUCCUCUCCGGAGGCUCAAAACAGAACUUGCAGCACUUCCUCCUAUGCCUGCGGACCGCGCCCCAGGCAGGAUCCUGAGCCUUCAGCCACCCUGCAAGGAAACUGGGCCCUAGACUCUGCGUCUGGUACCACUCUGGAGGACACGUGAUGAUUGUGCCUUUGGAACAUUUGGGGCCAAAGAUGGGAGCAGGACUGUGGAACGGCUGCCCCCCAACCAAUCCCAGGAAAUACUGCUGUGAAGCGGCCCCUGGUUUGCACGGUGCCCCCUUCCUGAACCCUGCUAUAUCCCCCCUUUGGCUCCUGGUGCUUGUUGGGGUGGGAGGGGAAGGGCUGUUGGCCAAGAGCCAGGCGGAAGCAGCCAAGCGCCUCUGUGGGGUGCAGAGAAAGGGCCGUUGACCUGGGGCUGUGGAGAGACAGGCGGGGCUGGCCUGCGGUGCUUGGAAGCUGGGGGCAGAACUGAGCUACUGUUUCCCUUCUUAAGUAGUACCAAUAAAGAGACUGGAGAAAA